AUGGAGCAGCAGGAGCAGCAGCAGCAGCAGCAGCAGGAGCAGCAGCAGCAGCAGGAGCCGCAGCAGCAAGAGCAGCAGCAGCAGCAGCAGCAGCAGCAGCAGCAGCAGCAGCAGCAAGAAGACAAGCUGAUGCAUGUUGAGUAUGAAGUGUUUGGGAAGGUGCAGGGGGUUUACUAUAGGGUUUAUACGGAGAGAGAAGCCAAAAGGUAA